UCAAAGGCUGCAAAAAAGGUGGAACCUGUCACCCUAGCGAUUUCCUGGGCCUGGCCCCCCCAAGAUUCCAGAGGGAGUAAAUCACGGUUAAUGCUGGGCAAGAUAGGUGACUGGGGGUCGCAAGAAUUUUUGGCACAGCAAAUCAGAAUUUUAACUCCGUGUGCAAGAUAGCUGACGACCUUUGACCCCAAAAUCUUAGCUGCAAGAAUUAGGCACCUCUCCGGCUGAUCCAGCCCGUGGGGGCAACUGCAAGCUCAAAGGCGUAAUCACAAUUAAGUGUUCUCCAAUUAGGGUUCUUAAGGAUUCAUUUCGCACGGUGCCCACCUCUCUCCAUAAUUUCCACUGACCUGCCCCACCCUUUUGCUUUUCUAUUUUGUGUAAAUUAUAUUAAUUUUCGAUAAUAUAUGUGUUCUUCCUCGAAAGAGUUCGAUUCCUUUAAGUUCCGUGCUUGAUCCCGUUUCUCCUCGCUGUUCGUUCGUUAUAUGUGCGAGAUUUGUUCCGGGCUUUGUAAAGUUGGCAUUUUUUUUUAAAAAAUUUUGGAAGCCCUAGCUGCUGGUGUUUCGGCGCUUGAUCCCUUCCCUGUCUUGCUUUAAAGUCAAAUUCGAGUCGUUCGAUGGCUCUCCACCAUCCGGGGCCGGGGUCGGCCUCCGGAACGGCGUCGAGCUCCAGCUCCGGGUUCCACUUCCUGAAAUCGCCCUUUGGGGACACGACGUACACGAAGGUCUUCGUCGGGGGCCUCGCUUGGGAGACCAAGAGCGAGACGCUGCGCCGCCAUUUCGAGCAAUUCGGGGACAUGCUCGAGGCCGUCGUGAUCACGGACAAGAACACCGGCCGGUCCAAGGGCUAUGGCUUCGUCACUUUCCGAGAUCCUGAAUCUGCAAAGAGGGCGUGCGCAGAUCCAACCCCGGUUAUCGAUGGCCGCCGGGCAAAUUGUAAUUUGGCAUCCCUUGGACGGCCACAAUCUGUUCUUCCAUUUGGCGUUCGCCCAAGGACAGUAGCCCCCUACAUUGGAGGCAUGCCAGCUCACCGAGGACCAUUUGUUGGAAGCCCCACACAGCAAUUAUUCAACUAUCAACAAGGGUUUUCAUAUCCCCAAUAUAGUUACAAUCCAUAUGGACCUGAGUUCUUCUAUCCACAGACUGUAUAUAGCCCAUACACGGGACAUCAUUAUUUUCAAGUUUAUGGUAUGCCUGGAGCUGUAAACACAGCCAUUUAUCCACAUGAUCAACUUGGCCAGCCUAUCUCAGCUGGGCCUGGUUAUAUGGCAAUUCAGGGUUACUCAACACCAGCUCACCAGAUUGUGCAAUUAAGUGGAUCAAAUGUCAAUGGAAUGCCUGGUGCACCUCGGUCGGUGAUCCAAGCACCCUAUCCGGCUGGAAUACCGUCCAAUGUUCCAGCCCAGCCACACUUCAUAGUUCCUGCCCACUCACCACAUUUUGUGCAGGGUAACGGUUCAGAUCAAACAACUGUUUGAAAUUUGCAUCGUGAUAUCAUCUUGAGGUAUCCUUGGAUUGCAGCAGGACUAAGAAGAGCAGUACUUCACAUUAGUGGCAUGCAUUCUUGCCUUGCAAGCUAUCAUCUUUGCAUUCUAGAGGUUGUCCUUGUCAUUGUCAGUUCCAGAAGUCAUCGAGUUGCUCCGACGGAGGGAGCCAAAAGCACAAGAGCACAGAUCGCUCUGCCUGCAAGGGCAGGUGGAUACCCACCCUCAUCCUAUAUGCAGCAUAUAUGCACACGUGAAUUGGGGAGUCAGAAUUGGAGUCUGACAACUCUUUCCACUUCUCCCUCGAUAGAAAGAUCGAAGCUAAUUCCUGUGGAGCUUGAAGCUUCAUCGUGUCAGCUCCCUGUGGAGUCUAUUAUUAGAUAGAUCAGAUACUAUUAAACAGUGUGUCAUGAAAAUAAAUAACUGUUCCUUGAAGGUGUUAAGAUCAGCUCCAGUCAGUGUUCAGAGGUCUUUUCAGAUACAUUUGCACUCUUACCUGUGCCACAUUUCCUGAUCAUUUUCUCUUUUUUGAAAUAAUUGCACAUAGCGUAGGCAGUCUCAA